UGAUAGUAAAAAUAUAUAUUUUAAUGUUAUAUGAUUGCAAUAAUUAUAAAGUUUUCUAUAUUUAAUUAUUAUUUGUAUAGUUAUAACAACCUCAGGAUAUCUGUAAUAAAUUAAUUUUUCAAUGUCAUUCACAAUUUCAUAAAAUCUUUUUUUCGAUUUAUGUUGGUCCUUCUGUUAUUUUUCGCGGCAACGCGGUAAUAAGACGCUAAAGUGCUAGAAAUCCCGCCGCAUUGUUCGUAGUUAUUUCUUGUAUAAUUUGUAGCUAUUGUCUAAAAUGAGCAAAGGAAAGGAUUCAUCCCCUGCAGAAACUGCAGGAGGAGAAGAAUUUAGUGUUGAAAAAGUUUUAGACAGGAGAGUAGUUAAAGGAAAAGUUGAAUAUUUUUUAAAAUGGAAAGGAUACUCAAAUGAAGAAAAUACAUGGGAGCCAGAAGAAAAUCUUGAUUGUCCAGAUCUAAUUGCACAAUUUGAAGAACAACGAAAAAAGAAAGAAGCAGCUGCAGCUGGUAAACGAUAUGAAGACAAAGAACAAAAGAAACGAAAAAGUUCAAGUGGUCCUUUACCUACUCAUACUAAGAAAAAAGUAACUGAAGAAAAGAAACCUGAAGGUUUUGAUAGAAAUUUGGAACCUGAACGUAUUAUUGGUGCAACAGAUUCAAGUGGAGAAUUAAUGUUUUUAAUGAAAUGGAAAGGAACAGAUGAUGCAGAUUUAGUUCCUGCUCGAAUUGCCAAUGAAAAAUGUCCACAAAUCGUAAUAAAGUUUUACGAAGAACGAUUGACAUGGCAUAGCCCUGCUCAUGAUGAGGAAAGUUCAGUAAAAGCUGAUGCAGAGUAGCGUCCAGCCUUCCGAUAUACAUACACAGCACGCUUUAGGAUCUGUCGCAUAUAACAAAAAAUAGCGUGUACAGAAUGAAAAAUAUGAAGAUUUAUUGAUUAUUGCACAGUAAUAAUGUUAUCAAUUUUUUUUUUUUUUUUUUUUUUAAAUGAUUAUUGAUGAAAUCUACUAAAAUUGAGCAAACAAACAUUAAAUAUUUCUGUCAUUGUUAGUGAAAAAUAAUUUACAAUAUAUACUCUUAUACUUCCAUAAAA